GAGGAGAGGACACCGCUCUCCGCCGCCAUGCGGCUGACAACGUCCCUCGGCGUGGUCGCCAAGUCGCAUGUGAUCGACACAUGGAAGGCCAAGACGUUUGCCGCUGACCCUGCACGCACAGCCUCGUGGAAGAGCAUGGAUGUGAAGCUGCGUAAGUUCCUGAAGGCAUCUGUGCCUGAAGCCUUGGCCCACACUGGAGACGCCGCGUUCGAUGAACACCUCGUUGGCGUGCAAUCUGUCUUGCGGACGUUUGGCGCGGACGAAGAAGUGUGCACGGCGGGGCUAUUCCAUUCGUUGUACGGAACGGAGGGGUUUCAAGGCUUCAAGAUGCCGAUCCUUCGCCGCCCCGAGAUCCGACGGUUGAUUGGACCCCGUGCCGAGCAACUUGUGUGGAGUUUUUGCGUUGUGGACCGAAAGGUGUUUGACGACGCGUUGUUGCUUCGACCGGACUCCGUCGGACACGAGCCGCCCCAAUUGCUGGCACGGCCUGAACUCGGCCGGUUUCCGCUCCCACCAGCCACCUCGACAAACGAAUGGCUAGAUUUUGUGGAGCUUGUACUUGCAGACUGGGUUGAUCAAGUCGCUGGGGCCGCAGAGAAAGCCAAUCCGCUCUUCGACUGGCAAAAAGGUGAAGCGUGGAGCUACCGCCGCCAUGCCUACGCGAAGAUGGCAGAACUACUGGCGAUACAUCGACCAGAAAACGAUCGGGGGCCUCGAAUUCAACGCAUUGUGCACGAAGUCUAUGCAGCAGAGCCCAUAGCCACAAGAGAACUCGUGCAGGAGGUUACACCGCCGAUGAGCGAUGCAGCUAAGGAGGCGCGCGACGCGAUGCGAUCCGUGUUGUUGUAGUUUCAUUGCCAUUGGCCAGAGGUCGUUAAUCCGCGCAAAUCUUAGCUUUCAACGAUGUCGUGGUUGGAUCGA